GAAAGAGCUGAAGAACAGUGAUGUAAACUCUCUUGGAAGGAUUGUACUCCCAAAGAAAGACUCAGAGGCAAACCUUCCAACCCUCACUGUGAAAGAAGGAUUCCAAAUUACUGUAAGAGAUCUGGUUUCUACCAAGGUCUGGCACAUGAAAUACAGGUUUUGGCCGAACAAUAAGAGCAGGAUGUAUGUUUUGGAGAAUACAGGAGAUUUUGUGAAGCAAAAGGGUCUCAAGGUUGGAGACUCAAUCCUCCUCUACCAAGAUGAAGACGAACAAUUUUUCAUCUGUGCUAAGAGGGCAGAAGAACCACCUCUGGAACUUUUGAAGAAAGAACUGGAAGAGUGUAAAGUAGAACAUCGUGCCCACUCAUCAGAGAGAAGAAUGAUGGAAGAGGAUGAGCACUGUGAUCCAUUUGUAGUUCUUGAGACUGAAGUGGAUACACAAGAGAAGGUGAAACUGGGUAAAGGCAAAAUGAUCAUGUUGGAGGACUAUGGUUGUUCAGACAAUGACACUUGUGGUGGUUCUUCUUCUACCCAACUGGGCAAGGAGGUUGUAGAGUCUCAAUCGUUGAAUAAGGAAGCAGCAGGCGACUUCGAUUGCGUCUUCAGUGAACUGGAGAUGCUACCCAACUUCGGUGCGUGUGACCUAUCCUUGUAUAAUGAUUUCAUGAGCGAUUUUUCAGACCCAGGUGGAGAGAAUAGGGUAGUUGCUAAGUAACUUAACACUGUUUUCUACCCAUCUUUCUUUCCUCUUUUGUUUCUCAAUUUUUGAAAUUUAAUUUUUGUUCUUGGGUUUGGGUUGUAGUUUUGAUUUUUGGGGAAAAGAUAAGGAAGGAAAAUUUGCACCGUCUUGGGGGAGAGAAUGUGUGCCCAUUCUUAUGAGCAUAGUGAAAAUUGUAAAAUUAAAUGAAAAAACAAGGGGAGCUUCACGUGUAAUUAUAUACUGUUUCUCAACCAUAAAUGAAUUAAGAUGAUGACAGAUUCCAAAGAUUUUUCUCCUCUA